UUUGUUUUUAGCUACAGUUGUGCGCAGGUCGUCGAGGGAAGUGGUGGGCGUUUCUCCGCGGUCGUUAGCUGACUGUUGAUGCUGAGAAGAUUUUGCCGACGUUUCCUGCCAGCUCUCCAGAUGUUUCUCCCUACGCUCGUAGAGGACAUGCAUCACUUCAAGCCAAGCCGAGAUAGACUGUACACCACCCGGUGCUGCGGAUGUUGCCAUGUUCGGACCGGGACCAUCAUCCUGGGGACAUGGUAUAUGGUGGUCAACCUGUUGAUGGGAAUCCUGCUGACUGUGGCUGUGACGCACCCAGAGAACGUACCAACCAUCGACCUGCAGUACGAGGUCAUCGACCAUUACUUUGCUUCCGACCGGAUGUCCGAAAAUGCCUGUGUCGGAUUUGCCAUCUCUCUGCUGAUGCUCACCAUCAGUGCCAUGAUGGUAUACGGAGCCAUCACUCACCGUGAUGGAUGGCUCAUCCCGUUUUUCUGCUACCAGCUGUUUGACUUUGCUCUGUGCUGCCUGGUGGCCAUCAGCUCUCUCACGUACCUUCCUAGGAUCCGGGACUACCUGGAGCAGCUGCCGGAUUUCCCCUACAAGGAUUACCUUCUGUCUCUGAACUCCAGCUGCCUCCUCCUCUUCGUGUUGGUCUUCUUCGCCUUCCUGAUCAUCCUCAAGGCUUACUUGAUCAACUGCGUGUGGAACUGCUACAAGUACAUCAACAACAGAAACAUGCCAGAGAUUGCUGUCUACCCCGCUUUCGAGACCCCUCCCCAGUACAUCCUGCCCACCUACGAGAUGGCGAUGAAGAUGCCAGAGAAAGACCCCCCUCCUCCUUACAUGCCGGCCUAAGCACCAGCCGUGUCGCCAGGACACGCCCAUGCGCACCCAGUCGUCAUAUGCAUUCCUACAUGCCCCGUCUAACCAUUUCUGAACACCACGAAGCCCUUAUCCCCCUCUGAACCCUCUGUGUCUGUGUGAGGCCUUUAAAGAUAUUUCCUUCAACCUCUCCGCUGUAUUUCUUUAGAGUGUUAAUGGAGCAUCCUGGAGAUGUAAUUGUGGGGGGAAGGGGGAGAGAAAAAUGUGAAAGAAUUAAAAUGUGUGCGAUAAUGAAUGGAUGAAUGUGGCGUUUGGGUGGGGGAAAAAAGCAUCAGAAGGAACCCCCUCUACCCUUUCCUCCCUAGACCCUCAGCCCUUUUUUAAGUCUUAGGAAAAGGGAUAUGUGAAAAAAAAAAAAAUAUUUGCUUGAAGUUUGCUCAUGAAUCCAGCACCAUUUUAUUAAUAGAUCAAUAUAUGAAGUACUAAAGAAUUGUUCAACUAUGACAAUCCGCUUCUUAGUUCUUACUGUUGAGUUUGUGUUGCAGUUUUCUGCUGUUUGUUAAGGCCUAAAGUAUUGCAGCUCUGUCCUGAUUUCAGUCUUUAGCACUUUUUUUUUUCUUUUUUUUGGGUCUGUAUUUAUUUAGCUUCGCAGUAGUACGGUUCACAGCGUCAUCGCCGCUUUGCUGCAGUGUUGCUUGAUGAGGAGAGCUGCUGAGUUUUGUUUUCCCCCAGCGGGAACCGAAGGAGGGAAGAACAUCGAUCGUUCAACGUGGAGAUUAACAGCUAGUCUUGUGAACAUUAGUUGUUGCAUGCUUAUCAACGCAAUCCUCCCAUUACUUUAUUAGUAAUGAUUUUAUCCCUGUGGAAAAUAAAAACAGUUGACUUAAAUAAACGUGUCCGAACAAUUUCAA